AUGUGUUAUACUAUUAACAUUAUAUCUUGAUUCGUUUUUUGCACCAUAUUGUUAAAUCAAACGCGCUUGGUAUAAAUAGUCCUACAUGCAAUUCUCUUAUUACUUGGACGUUUAUUAAUUUGAAGUCAUUUUUGAUAUCAGUUUCUAUUUUAUUGAAUCGGUUUAUCAGCUUGCUGUAAAAAAUUAAAUUAUUCUGCCGUCAAAUUCAGUGUCAUCAGAGGUCGAGAAAAGUUAAAGAUGAAUCAAUUCUUUACCUUUAAUGUAUUGUCUUGUUUUAUUUGGGGACAUUCAUCAAUUCAGGAAGAAGUGGAUGCAUAAUAAAUCACGAUGAAUUGGAUGUUGUUUGUAUUGUGCGCGUUUUUAUUACAUUAGUAUAGGCAGAAAAAAACUUAUUUAUUGAUAUAUUUAGCAGCCGGAGAACGCGCGAACAUCUGCUUGAUUUUUCUUCCUUGGCAUCAGAGUUAUAUUAGUUUCAUAUAUGCCGUUCAGUAUUCCCUUUUUACGUCGGCGAGAUUUCCGAAAUGGGAACGAAUUGAACUUUGCCCCCAACGAGCAAUGGGAUCGUGCUACUAUACUCCAGCUAACAAUCCUGAUCCUCGUAGUUCCAGCCCAGCUGGUUCUAACAGACUGGAUGGGAACUCCAGAAUUCCAGAGGUCAGAUAUGAUCCGAAGAAUUGUGACUAAUGCACAAUUUUACUACGAGAAAUAUUGCGUGGACGUUGGAGCGUUGAGGAAGGCUAUUCGUAUUUGGGUGUUCAAAGAGGCAUUUAAUAUUGACGACUAUGAUGAGCCGGAACCAGAAGUGAAGAAAGAUGAAAAGAAAGAGAAAAAGGUCAAAACUGGAAAUGGAUUACUAGGAGCUUCUCUGGAGGUGCACAGUCCACGUGCAGUAGACGUGAAAUACCGAGUUGGUCAGGUGGUGAAGCACAAGCUGUACAAGUACAGAGCAGUCAUCAUCGGCUGGGACGAAAUACCAAGGGCGCCCAGAGACUGGUUCACGGGUGCAGUGCCUGAAAAGGACAUGGCCAAGUAUCUGGACCAGCCGUUCUACUCUGUGUUGAUUGACACCCGAGACAGGGCUCCCCAGACCACAUAUGUACCCAGUGCCAAUAUCGAACUGCUGCCUCACAAUAGAAUCAUUCACCCUUCACUAGACGACUAUUUUGAGAACUUUGACGGUCACUCCCAAUACAUCAUGCGGCCAUGGCUCAAACGCAUCUACCCCCAUGACGGACCAUAAUUACCAUGUAUGGUCACCUUAAUCUCGUCCAUACGGCAAUCAAGCAAUCCAUGUCGUCUGCUAAAAUAUGGCAUCUUAGCCGAGUUAUUUCAGAAUCAGUCGGAAAAAAAAAUCAUCAGUUUGACAGUUAGUUGCUAAAUUAUUACAUAAAGCACAAAGAGUAAUUUGAUCAAUUGGAAUGUUUUUUUUUUCUCUUCAAUUUGGGGGUUCUAAAUUAAAAUUAAAAUUCAUUUUGACAAAAAAUGUCAAUAUAUAUGCAUUAUUUCGUUGCCUUAAACUAUUCUAAUGCGCUCUACUGCAAUAUGUUAAUUCUGCUCUGAGAUUGAGCUCUGUUUUGCUUCGUAAUUAUUAGCUCUAAAUUUGUGUAGAAUAUUGAAACCUAUUUACAAAGAUGUGUAUAGUUUUCUGGUAGAA